AUGUCUGAUAUUUCCAGUACAUGUGAAGUUCCAUACAACAUUUAUGAAGAAGAAUUGAGUAAUCGUACGGUUUGCGAUUUGUCAUCUAGUAAUUUAGAAUCUUUUCCUGAAAUCUUAGAUAAAUCAUCAGUAUCUGUACUAUACAUACAGAAUAACAAAAUCAGAAGUCUACCAACAGAUUUCUUCCAAUCGUUUCCCAAUCUCGCAUACCUCGAUCUGAGGGACAACGAGUUGACCGACAUCCCGGCAACCAUACAGGAUCACCCCAACCUCGCCCAUUUACUUUUACAAAACAACCGCUUGUCCGUAUUACCGAAUGAGUUAGGUACCGUGAAUCUGAAAGUUUUACAACUGAGCGGGAACCCUCUCACUUAUCCACCCAGGGAUAUUAUCAAGGGUGGUGUCAAAAAGAUCUUGGACUUCCUUCACGGUAGACAUGUGGAUUACAUGCUCUCGCAUUCACAAUCCGAUCUGUCAGACGCAGCAAGCGCCAACAGCCCAUACCCCGAAUUGGGACAAGGAAUAGUGAGUUACAACUCGGUAAUACACGGCGACAAAUUGAAGAAGCCCAGAGCGUUAUCUAUACAGUUCAGCGAGAAGGAUGUUGAAGAAUCUGACGAAGAAUACUAUGCGAAAAUAAAGGGGAAAUGCCCCAAGUUGGAUAAGAGUAGGCAUCAAGUACCCAGCUAUUACCAAAGCUCUAAGUAUGUUCCACCGCCGAGGGCUCACAGCAAGGAGAGUUUUAAUAGUAGGGUUAAGCAAAGCCAUUUGAGAGACAUGGCUAUAAAAAAGCAUAAGGAGUUUGUAGCGACGAGAGACAAAAUUUUGCAGGGAAGAAAAAACCUCGAACUGCUUAAAGACUGGCGCAAAACCUACUGUUACAAAAAGCAGUUCGCUGACUCUCAUUACAAGUUGCAGUCCAAUCAUUUCCCAUACGACACGUCGCCGGAAUACAUGACGUUAUUGACCCGAGAAGACAUAGAGAAGGACUUACCAGACAAGUAUAGGAAAAAAUUGGUGCGACGCUCGAGACCAACGGUCCCUAGAAGGAACAACAACGACGUACAUUUAGCGAUGAAGAUAAAGAAGCUUUUCGACAAUCUGGAAGCCAUAGAUUUGAAUAAGGAGGGUUUGACGCCUAGAACUGAGCAGAGGAUGUUGCUGAGUGAAAUACAGAAGAUAUCCGAAAUUAAACAGAAGCUUUCCGAGUUGUCCUUGGCAAAUGGAAGAUCCGUCACUUUGGAUUAA